AGAGGGAUCAGCUGUUCUCUCAGAACAUACCAUUCAUUCCCCAGUCCACCGUGGAUUUGAUCUGAUCGGGAUCUGAACUUGAAGAAUGAGAGAAGGGAUUGACAACCUUGUGUUCCAGUUUAUCAGUGUUUGGGUUCGGGAUCCUCGGAUUCAGAAGAAGGACUUCUGGCAUGCCCACAUGGACUAUGAAAUAUGUAUACAUACCAACAGUCUCUGCUUCACUAAGAAGAUCUCCUGUGUGAGGAGAAGGUACCGUGACUUCGUAUGGCUCCGGCAGAAACUACAGGCUAACUCCCUACUCAUGAUCCAGCUGCCUGAACUACCACCUAAGAACCCUUUCUUUAACCUGAACAACGCCCAGCAGAUCACAGAGAGGAUGAAGGGCCUCCAGAAGUUCCUUGAACUUACCAGAGUUCCAUUGGUCUUUCAUGCCAGGACCCUGGAGAGUAAUCUGCUUCUGUCAGACAGCUGUCUGCACCUCUUCCUGCAGUCGGAGCUGGGGGUGUCCCAGAUAGAGGCCUGCGCCUCAGGUAGAACCCAUUACUCUGUGUCCCAGGCUGUGCUGCGCUGUGGCUGCAAACUGCAACGCUUCCACUCCCAGGAGGACCUGUUAGAGACCAGCCACAAGGAGUCCUGUGACUCCGACUCUGUUAGUGUGUUUGUAGAGCCGGCGCCCAGCAGUAAAGAUGGAACUGCUUCCUCACCCCCAGAGACCCUAGAUUUGUCUCUACCUGAUAGGACCAGACCUAACCCCACCCAGGAAGAGACCCUAGCUCUGUCUCUAUCUGAUAGGACCAGACCUAACCCCGACCAGGAAGAGACCCUAGAUCUGUCUCUACCUGAUAGGACCAGACCUAACCCCGACCAGGAAGAGACCCUAGCUCUGUCUCUACCUGAUAGGACCAGACCUAACCCCGACCAGGAAGAGACCCUAGCUCUGUCUCUACCUGAUAGGACCAGACCUAACCCCGACCAGGAAGAGACCCUAGCUCUGUCUCUACCUGAUAGGACCAGACCUAACCCCGACCAGGAAGAGACCCUAGCUCUGUCUCUACCUGAUAGGACCAGACCUAACCCCGACCAGGAAGAGACCCUAGCUCUGUCUCUACCUGAUAGGACCAGACCUAACCCCGACCAGGAAGAGACCCUACCUCUGUCUCUACCUGAUAGGACCAGACCUAACCCCGACCAGGAAGAGACCCUAGCUCUGUCUCUACCUGAUAGGACCAGACCUAACCCCGACCAGGAAGAGACCCUAGCUCUGUCUCUACCUGAUAGGACCAGACCUAACCCUGACCAGGAAGAGACCCUAGCUCUGUCUCUACCUGAUAGGACCAGACCUAACCCAGACCAGGAAGAGACCCUAGCUCUGUCUCUACCUGAUAGGACCAGACCUAACCCCGACCAGGAAGAGACCCUAGAUCUGUCUCUACCUGAUAGGACCAGACCUAACCACAACCAGGAAGAGACCCUAGCUCUGUCUCUACCUGAUAGGACCAGACCUAACCCCGACCAGGAAGAAGACACUCUCAGCAUGUCUGCCUCUCCAUGGGAACAUCACCGCCAACCAGGACAUGGUAACUUACAAUAUUCUGCAUCCCAAAUGUCACCCGAUAGUGCACUACUUUGGACCAGAGCCCUAUGUAGGGAAUAGGGUGCUAUUUUGGACACUGUGUUUGCUCUCAUUUCAUCUUAAAAUAAUGUUCCCCUCCCACACAGCUUUUAAAAUAAGGCUUCCACACAGCUAUUAAAAUAAGGCUUCCACACAGCUUUUAAAAUAAGGCUUCCACACAGCUUUUAAAAUAAGGCUUCCACACAGCUAUUAAAAUAAGGCUUCCACACAGCUAUUAAAAUAAGGCUUCCACACAGCUUUUAAAAUAAGACUUCCACACAGCUAUUAAAAUAAGGCUUCCACACAGCUAUUAAAAUAAGGCUUCCACACAGCUAUUAAAAUAAGGCUUCCACACAGCUUUUAAAAUAAGACUUCCACACAGCUAUUAAAAUAAGGCUUCCACACAGUUUUUUGUCAUCCAUUUCUCCAAACUACUGUCACCAUAACUACCUUGUCUUUCUGCCAUCAAAACGUUUUUUUUACUUCUAUUUUAUUCCAGAGAAGAUGAUGAUGAUGAAGAUGAUGAAUAUGUGUUUAUGUCUGUGUAGUUUUGUGAAAUAUUUGUAAAGUCCACAAAUCUGAAAUAUGUGAAUAUUAGGAUCCCUUCACUGUAAAUAAAGUCAGUUCUACUGUUU